AUGGGUUUCUUCAGGAAAGAACUCCUGUAUGUUUUAAUCUUGGUAUGUGGAUCCACAUUUGUUGGUCAGUCUCUUGGUUACUAUUCUCCAGCAGGUCCUCAAAUUGUUCCAGAUCUUGGUUGGAAAGAUAGUACUGGUACAUGGUUCAGUACUCUAAGCUCACUUACAGCCAUUAUUGGUGGUCCAAUUACAAAUAUCAUUGUACCAAAACUCGGAAGAAAGCUUCCAUGUUUCAUUUUCUCAUGCAUUGCAUUAGUUACUUGGAUCUUGAUUGGUAUCACAAAGAGAAGUUUCUCAUGGUUAGCUUUUGUUGCCAGAUUCAUUCAAGGCAUUUGCGUCGGUGGCUUAUCAACAAUUUGCUCAAUGUAUAUUGUCGAAAUUUCUCCACCAGAAAACAGAGGACAGUAUGGCCCACUCCACCAGUUCGGUGUUACUCUUGGUAUGGCAUACUGCUAUUUGCUUGGUAUUUGGUGCGGAUGGCGUUUAGUUACUUUCCUCUGCAUGGUUUUCACAGUUCUCCUCUGCUGCCUUAUCUGGUUUGUCCCAGAGAGUCCCGUCGUUUUGGCGCUUAAGCAUCAGGAAGUCGCCAACAUCAAGAAAGAAAGUUUAUUCCAAAAGAAAAACACACCUUCCAUCAUUGCCGCAUUCUUCUUCAUGUUCUUCCAGCAGUUCUCUGGUAUCAACGCUUUGGAUACAAACCUUGAAAUAAUCUUUGAAAAUGCAAAAGUUGACCUUAAUCCAAGUGUCUGCGCACUUUUAGUCGGUUUAUCACAAUGCAUAUCCACAGCUAGCGUUACUUACGUCGUUGGUAAAUUCGGAAGAAGAAUUCCAUUCGUCAUUUCAGGUUUUGGCCAAGGUGUUACACUUUUACUUACAUGGGCUGCUGGUGUAUGGAAUCUCAGCUCAAUCAUUCCAAUUGUUGCCAUCUUCCUCGAUUUCUUCUUCUUCGGUCUUGGUCAUGGUCCAAUUCCAUGGUUCAUUUGCCCUGAAUUGUUCGAAGAUAGUGUCAGAUCAUUCGCUAUUUCCCUUUCUACAGGUCUUAACUGGCUCUUCGUUUGCAUCGUCAUUUUAAUUUGGCCACAGAUGGAGAAAGGAAUCGGCGCAAGCUGGGGCUUCUUCAUUUUCGCUUGGAUCUGUGUUGCUGCUGGUGUUUGGGGUAUCUGGUGGAUGCCUGACACUCAACAGCCAGAAAAUGAUGACACACAACAUAUUGACAACCAUUCUGAGGAAGAAAACAAGAAGGAAGCUCCUCAACCAGAUAUUUCCGAAUUGUAA